AUGGCUCCCCUCUUCCGAGCUGACCAGAUCGGCUCACUCAUUCGGCCCGCCUUCCUGCUUGAGGAGAGGGGUUCCCUGGGCUUCUAUGACAGCAAGUUAUCUGAAGACCAGGCUGCUGCCACAUCUGCUUCAAUCAAGUACGCCGUUCAGGAGCAGCUGAAGCUCGAAGUCAGGCCCAUCACCUCUGGCGAAUAUGAAAGAACCAUCUUCUUCAGCGGCUUGUUUGAGAAUCUUCAGGGAAUGACAGUCAGAGACGAUCUCAGGAUUCCCCAAGACUUCCGACCCAACCUGCCUACCUUUAUCGGACUUGCUAAGAUGGGAUACAAUCACUUCUCCGCUGUGCCCGCCACGGGAAAGAUCAAGUUCACAGAUUCGGCUUACCUUCCUGCCUGGGAGAUGAUCAAGAAGGCAGUCCCUCAAGAACGCUGGAAGGACUGUAAGAUGUCCAUACCGUCCAUCUCCUGGCAACACAUGUACCUUGCAAACGGCACAGCGUUUGCCCUUGGCGUUUACGCUUCUGACAAGGACUAUUUCCUCGACCUCGCGGCAGCAUUUCGUUCAGAGAUUCAAGCUCUUUAUGAUGCGGGUCUCAGAUCUAUACAGGUUGACGAUCCAAAUUUGACUUUCUUCGUCACAAAGGGCUUCAGGGAGGGUCUGAGGGGUGAUGGCAUCGACCCUGAGGCCCUGUUGGACCUCUACAUUUGGGCACACAACCAGGUCUUGAGGGAUUUACCACCUGACUUGCAUGUGGGCAUACAUCUUUGUCGCGGCAACAUGCCUGGCCAGCCUUCUUUCGCCAAAGGAUCUUACGAAAGGAUUGCCGCCAAGGUUUUCCCCAAACUCAACUACCACACGUUCUACCUAGAGUUUGAUGAUCCUCGAGUGUCUGGACACUUUGAUCCGUUGAGAUUUGUUCCGCAAGGGAAGAAUGUAGUUCUUGGCCUUGUGUCGACAAAGGUUGCAGACCUUGAGAACAAGGAGGCAUUGAUCAAGAGGGUUUAUGAGGCUGCUGAAGUCAUGGCAAAGGCGCAAAGACGGGGCGUCUCGGAAGUUCUAGCAGACUCACUCGCUGUGAGCCCUCAGUGCGGCUUUGCUAGCUUCAGUAUCAACCAAGGCGUAACUACUGAGGACAGAAUGUGGAAAAAGCUUGUCCUUGUCAGAGAUGUGGCGAGGUCUAUUUGGAAAGAUGCCGUUUAA